AUGCUCUCUACCCGUGCACUUGGUCUGGCACCCGCCUUGCGACAAGCUACAAAUCAUGUUCUAAAGACCGCUAUUCGUUCAAGUAUCAUCAAGCGCUCCGUUCAGACGCAGUCCCUCAAGCCCGAAGAUGGAACGACAAUCCUAAACACACAACGCUUGCAACGGCCAUCCAGCCCUCACUUCACAAUCUAUGAGCCUCAAUUAACAUGGAUUGGUUCAAUCUUCAAUCGUGUCACUGGUGUAGGACUCGGAUUCUUGCUUUACGGUUUUUCGUUGGCGUAUCUUGUAGCUCCUGGUACAUUUGACAGCACGCACGUUAUUGAGUUCGUCGGUGGCUUGCCUGAUGUAUUUAAGUACGCAGGCAAGUUCAUCUUGGCUCUCCCUUUCACUUUCCACUCCUGGAACGGGAUCAGACAUUUGCUUUGGGAUUCGGGCAAAUUCUUGACCGUCAAGGGAGCUUACUCUACCGGCUACGCAGUCCUCGGAGCUACUGCAAUUUCUACAAUCGUUUUGAUGUUCCAAUAAAUGUAUACUGCGUCCAGACAAGAAUCUCUGUAUCCUUCGCAAACAGCGACAAUACAUACAAGCCUACUUACAUAGUAGUCAUUGAAAAUUUCUUGCUGAACCAAAAGAUGAAUAUCGUCGAACUCUCCGGUAUCGUUAAUGCCAUGUCAUGUAUGUG